AUGGCGCUCAAGGCUUCCAUCAGAUCUGGUCGCAGUAGCAGUACCGAUCGUGGACGUCUACCUGGCUUCGUGUCUAGUUACGUCGAGGACCGAUCUUACGAUUAUCACCGGGGGCUUCUCUAUAGCUACCAAGGAGCAGACUGGCGUACAGAUGAGCAGCUGGUGCGCCGGACAAAAUUCAAUGCCAUUCCGCACGCAGAGAACAGCUUGAUGGCAGAUGAGGUCAAGGAAGACGAAUUUACACCGAUCCGCGUCACUCUGCAAGCAAUUAAGAAGAGCGAUACGACAGGGCAUGUUGGCGAAUGGAUGUUCUACAAUGCACAUGGUCCGACAGAGUGUAUAACGAACGGGCCGUGGCAGGAAGCAGAAGAACGUGGGUGGACCACGUGGCAGGAGUGA